UGAUGAGAAGUCUAUUGCAAGCAACCUUCGAGUCUUUGAGAGCGGUAGCAAACAAUAAUCCCUAAUUUCUCUCUUUUUACUCUUCAUUCCCUCCACCUUCAACAUCAAGGGCGUUUCUGCAACUUUCUCCCUCCCUUCCCUUCCCUUGUCUUCAGCAAAACAACAGGAUUUUGAUAGCCAACUUCGAAGGAUGCCUGGCCUUGUUUCGCUAAAGACGCCACCAGAAGCUACGCCGCUUCGAGUUCUUGUUCCCGACGGCGAUCAUCAGUUCCAAAGCCAUGAAGUGGAGUUGGAAAACCUAAACCCUAAGACUAGAUCACCAAUUCCGAAGAGAACCCCAUCUCCAUCCACAUCUCGAGCUACACCCUCGCCGGGCCGGAGCUCCGGCAAGAAGAAGACACCGGAGAAGCCGAAAAUUGACGAGUCAUCCCUCGACAAUUCCGAUCUCGGGCCCUUCCUUCUGAAACUCGCCCGAGAUACGAUUGCAUCCGGAGACAGCCCAAACAAGGCGUUGGAUUUUGCGGUCCGAGCUUCGAAAUCCUUCGAGCGCUGCGCAGGGGAGGGCGAAUCGAGCUUGGAGCUAGCAAUGAGUUUGCACGUCGUUGCGGCGAUUUACUGCAGUUUAGGAAGGUUCAAUGAUGCGAUCCCAGUGCUUGAGCGGGCGAUUGGGGUCCCGGAUGUCGCGAGAGGACCAGAUCACGCGCUUGCGGCGUUUUCGGGUUAUAUGCAGCUUGGUGACACACAUUCUAUGCUCGGACAACUCGACGGAUCUAUAACCUGCUAUUCUGCAGGGUUGAAGAUCCAGGUGGAGGCUUUAGGAGAGACAGAUCCAAGAGUUGCAGAGACGUGCAGGUACUUAGCUGAAGCUCAUGUUCAAGCAAUGCAAUUUGAUGAGGCGGAAAGUCUGUGCAAGAAAACACUAGAGAUCCACCAUGAGCAUAGUGCCCCAGCAUCACUUGAAGAAGCAGCUGACCGCAGGUUGAUGGCCCUCAUCUGUGAGGCAAAGGGAGAUUAUGAAUCUGCACUUGAGCACCUUGUUCUUGCCAGCAUGGCCAUGAUUGCCAAUGGGCAAGACAAUGUGGUUGCUUCUAUUGAUGUUAGCAUUGGUGAUGUUUACCUGUCCUUAAGCCGCUUUGAUGAAGCUGUCUUUUCCUACCAGAAGGCACUUACAGUAUUCAAAUCCACUAAGGGUGAUAACCACCCUUCAGUUGCAUCUGUUUUUAUCCGCCUUGCUGACCUCUACUAUAAGACAGGCAAGUUCCGGGAGUCUAAAUCAUACUGUGAGAGUGCACUUAGGAUAUACACAAAACCGGUGCCUGGAACCACAGCAGAGGAAAUUUCUAGUGGGCUGACAGAAAUUUCUGCAAUCUAUGAAGCUGUUAAUGAACCUGAUGAGGCACUGAAGCUCUUGCAGAAGGCAAUGAAAUUGUUAGAGGAUACACCAGGGCAGCGAAGCACAAUUGCUGGGAUAGAAGCACAGAUGGGUGUGAUGUUUUACAUGGUUAGAAGAUAUGGAGAGGCUCGGCACUCCUUUGAGAGUGCUAUUGCCAAGCUUAGAGCCAGUGGAGAGAGAAAAUCAGCAGUUUUGGGGAUUGUGUUGAACCAGAUGGGACUGGCUUGUGUACAACUAUACAAGAUAGAUGAGGCUGCCGAAUUAUUUCAAGAGGCAAGGAGGAUACUAGAGCAGGAGUGUGGUCCAUAUCAUCCAGAUACUCUUGGUGUAUAUAGCAAUCUUGCAGCAACAUAUGAUGCCAUGGGAAGGGUAGAAGACGCAAUUGAGAUCUUGGAAUAUAUUCUUAAGGCGAGGGAAGAGAAGCUUGGGACAGCAAACCCCGAUGUUGAUGAUGAGAAGAAAAGGCUAGCUGAGCUCUUGAAAGAAGCAGGCAGGGCCCGAAAUAGAAAGGCAAAAUCACUUGAAAACCUCCUUGAUUCUAACUCUCAGAGGAUGAAGAAGGAGGUAACAAAGAGGUGGCCCAGCUUGGGUUUCAGAACUUGACAAAGAAUUUGUCAUUCAUUCUCCUUAUACGUACUCACUCUCUGUAACAUAGAAGAUCAAUUUGAAAAGAGUCCGGUUUCCAAUCAGCGGGUUUUUCUUGAGAUUCUAAUCCACAUUUGUUUAUUUUUCUUCCUUGGUUCCUCGAUAUUUGUUUAGUCUUUAAGAUGUUUUCUAGAAAGAAGCUAAGCUGUGGAAUGAAUAAAAUAUUUACGAUUGAUUUUUGAUAGAGUUUGGAAUCUUCUAUAGAAAGUUGAAUUGCAAUUGGCUGAUUUC